AUGGCUUUCCGCAAGCGCAAUGUAGCGCUUUCACGCGCACCAGCUGGGGAGGACGCGUCAAAUCUACUAUCUGCUCCUUCUGUAACCCCGCCAGCACCAACACCACCAGGUGUCCGUCCUUCACCCAUUGAUGGCCGCCCCACUACUUCAACUGGUACACCCUCGCUUGAUGGUAUAUUAGCAGGGCAUGCUGGCCUGGCACUGGGGCAUUCUAUAUUGAUAGGGGAGAGCGGAACAACGGACUAUGCAGGCGCAUUGCUGCGGUUUUAUGCGGCUGAGGGGGUGGUCCAGGGCCACAAGGUACAUGUGGUUGGCAUGGGCGAGGUAUGGGGGAGAGAGUUGCCCGGCAUAUCAGAUGGCACAUCAGACAAGAGGAGAGAGGGCAAAGAAAGAGCAGAAAAGAUGAAGAUAGCGUGGAGAUAUGAGGGACUGGGACAGUUCGAGACUGCGAGAGGGUCUCCAGGCGUACAGAGGACCGCAGUGCAAGGUGAUAGUACGACGGAAGAACAGGCUGUAUUCUGUCAUACCUUCGACCUUGCAAAACGGCUCACCCUCCCGGUAGGAACGGCCAUUAAUUAUGUGCCCAUACCUUCACCAACGGGUGCUACCGUAUCGCCAUUUCCUUCAAUAUUGCAAAAUAUAAGGCAACAGCUCGCCUCGACUCCGCCCCAUAUAAUCCACCGGAUUUUGAUACCGUCUCUUCUCUCGCCGGCUCUAUAUCCUUCGUCAGCUGCACAUCCAACAUCCAUACUCCAGUUCCUUCAUGCUUUACGAGCGCUACUGCGACAGUAUUCUACGCGCCUGACCGCAAUUAUAACGCUGCCAUUGACUCUGUACCCCCGGUCCUCUGGCCUCGUCCGCUGGAUGGAAAUCCUCUCAGACGGUGUCUUUGAGCUGUCACCAUUCCCGUACUCGCGGAUGCAAGCGCUCGCUCAAUCAGCGGGUACUACCAAGGAUGAAGAGCGUCCACAAGGAAUGUUUGCAGUACAUAAACUGCCUGUUUUCCACGAGAAAGGCGGUGGCGGAAGUGUGGAGGAUUUGGGUGAGGACAUGGCAUUUACGUUGAGCCGACGGAAGUUUGUCGUUGCAAAAUUCAGCCUGCCACCGAUGGAGGGAGACACUGAGGCGCAGGAGGAAGCUGUAAGGGAAGCGGCUGGUGGUAGUGUGAUGCCGAAGAAGCAAGACUUGGAGUUCUAG